CUUUGGACUAGUCUAACUUCUCGGCAAUUCUACUCGAUCUGUAGUACACGGUGAUUUGAAAAUCUUUCGUGAGUGCCUGAGCUUUUAACAGACAGAAUUUAAGUGAAUGGGCCUGCGACUUUUUCCUGAAGAUAAUUGGAAUGGCUAGCAGUGUCAUACUUGCAGGUCUCGGAUUAGCAGCCAUGGGGUUUGCUGGACGAUAUAUCAUACGGGCUGUGCCAGGAAUGUCUCAGAAAAUGAGUGACACCAUGAAGGCUUUUCCUAAAAUUGACCCUUCAUCAUUUGCAAACAACAAGUAUUAUAAGGGUGGAUUUGAACCAAAAAUGACGAGACGAGAGGCAAGUCUCAUUUUAGGAAUUUCACCAACUGCAAGUAAAAUGAAAGUUAAGGAAGCACACAAGAGGAUUAUGGCUCUGAAUCACCCAGACCGUGGAGGAUCACCUUUGUUGGCAGCUAAAAUUAAUGAAGCUAAGGACUUGCUAGACAGUGGAAAAUCAUGAGGGCAUUUGGAAGUUGUAGUUUUGUUAAAAUAUGCAUGAAGCAAGGAAAUAUUUUUACUGAUAUGUUUUCAUAAUCAGAUGUGUAAUGUUUGUUCGCGACUGUAAUCUUGAGACUUUCUGGGUGAGGCAGUGGGUUGAAGGAGGAGAAAUAGUGUCUGCUAUGCAGUAGCCUUUAAUGCUUCAGACUUCCUGCAUUCCUUGUAAGUCUCAAGAUUACAGUUGCGAACAGUAGGUAGCCAGGAAUCAUGUUUUAAAUUUACAUCUUGAAAUAAUUUUAUUUGAAACUAGUAUUAUGAACUGUAAAUAUUAUAUAUUUUUUGCCAAAAUUA